CACCGCAUCAACGUCGACUGAAAUUUGAGCAGGCUGUAACUCUGACCCCGUGGUUUUUGGCUUCCCAGACGGUGGGGGCCGAAUUUUUACCGGGGGGCCCGACACGACAACCUGGGAAAAUGAGGGGGUCGAGGAGCCAAUUUUCCCCGCACUUUGACCCUUGAGAGUUGCACUUUCCGGAGGGUCGCCAUCAGCAUUGGAAGAGAUGGUGGUUGUGGAUUGCGUAGUUGACGAUGUCAUUAUAGCCGACGAUGAUGUCGUGGUUGUUGUCGUCGCCGUGGGUGAUUUGGGAGUGUGUGUGUGGUUUUGUGAGGGGGGUGGGGAGGUGGGGGAGGGAGAGACCUGGGGGAGACAGAGCUGGUUUACGACCCUUGUUGAUGAACUGUGAAAAGGAACAAUCUGAGGAGAUAGAGAGGAGAGGAAGGAGGAAGAGGGAGUGUGAGGGAGAAAGAGAGGAGAGGAAGGAGGAAGAGGGAGUGGACACGAGGAGUAGGGGAAGGGGGGAGGUAAAUGUAAGGAAAUGGAGGAGUCAACGGCAGGACAGUUGAGACAGCAUUCUAUGUUCCUAUAAUAGUACUUAACACAUCA